AUGGGUGUGGAAGAAAUGGUCGCAAUAUUCCUGCACAUAUUGGCCCAUGAUGUUAAGAAUAGGAUUAUAAAAAGACAAUUCAUGAGGUCCGGUGAAACCAUCAGUAGGCAGUUCUCAAAUGUUUUACUCGUUGUGUUACGAUGUCAUACUGUUUUGUUGAAAAGGCCUGAGCCGGUUGCGGAAACAUCGACUGAUAAAAGAUGGAAGUGGUUCAAGAAUUGUCUGGGCGCUCUUGAUGGGACACACAUAAAGAUAAAUCCCUUGCAAGCUGACAAGCCAAGAUACCGUACUAAGAAGGGUGACAUAGCAACAAAUGUGUUAGGGGUUUGUUCUCAGGACGGUCAGUUCAUUUUUGUAAUGCCUGGAUGGGAGGGGUCAGCCGCAGAUUCAAGGGUGUUAAGAGAUGCAAUUUCGUGGCCGCUCAGUUUAAGGGUGCCAAAAGGUUAUUAUUACUUGUGUGAUGCUGGAUACAUGAACGGUGAAGGGUUCCUGACACCAUAUAAAGGACAACGAUAUCAUCUCACUGAAUGGAGGCACGAGCCUCAACCAAGGACACCACAAGAAUUUUUUAAUAUGAAGCACUCAUCUGCAAGGAAUGUCAUAGAGCGAUGUUUUGGGAUGCUGAAGGGGCGUCGGGCAAUUGUAAGAUCAAAGUCAUUUUAUCCGGUUAAGACGCAAUGCAGGAUUAUAACAGCUUGUUGCCUGCUUCAUAACCACAUAAGAAGAGAAAUGACAAUGGACCCUUUACAAGCUGAUGACGUGAACAUGCAGCAAGGUGAAGAUGACAUCAUUGAUGGCAAUAAAAUGAUUACUCACGUUGAGUCUUCGAAUGCAUGGACACUUUGGAGGGAUGAACUAGCGCAAAAUAUGUUUAACACUUGGAGGAGUCGUGCUUGA